AGCGCGCCCUCGGAGCGGACAGCGCGGCGCCCGCCCGCCGCGGCGAUGCCCCAGCGGCAGCGAGCCGCCGGCGGCAGGAGGCCCUAGGCGGGCAUGGCCGCGGAACCCCAGCCCUAGGGACCCCUGAGCCUCGCCCCUCCGCUCCGACCCCUGGGACCGACGCCAUGGCCUCGGAGGUGGUGUGCGGGCUCGUCUUCAGGCUGCUGCUGCCCAUCUGCCUGGCAGUAGCGUGUGCAUUUCGAUACAAUGGACUGUCCUUUGUCUACCUUAUCUACCUCUUGCUCAUUCCUCUCUUCUCAGAACCGACAAAAGCAACGAUGCAAGGACACACGGGGCGGUUGCUGAAGUCCCUGUGCUUUACCAGCCUCUCCUUCCUGCUGCUGCACAUCAUUUUCCACAUCACACUGGCCAGCCUCGAAGCCCAGCACCGCCUCGCACCUGCCUACAACUGUUCCACAUGGGAGAAGACACUGCGGCAGAUCGGCUUUGAAAGCUUAAAAGGUGCCGACGCUGGCAAUGGCAUCCGAGUGUUCGUGCCCGACAUCGGGAUGUUCAUCGCGAGUCUGACCAUCUGGCUCGUCUGCAGAAACAUGGUUCGGAAGCCCGGGACAGAAGAAGCAGCGCAGUGUAUCUCAGAGUGUGAACAUGAAGAAUUGGCUGGAGGAGAAAAAAUGGACUCAGAAGAGGCACUCAUCUAUGAGGAGGAUUUAGAUGAAGGAGAAGGUGUGGAGGAAGAGAUGGAAGAAAGUGCCAAGUUAAAGAUGUUCCGCACUGCCUCGGUGGCGUCGAAGCUGAAGGAAUUUAUUGGCAACAUGAUAACCACGGCAGGCAAAGUGGUAGUGACCAUCUUACUGGGCUCCUCAGGCAUGAUGUUGCCAUCCUUGACAUCAGCUGUCUACUUCUUUGUAUUCCUGGGUUUGUGUACCUGGUGGUCCUGGUGCCGGACAUUUGAUCCAUUGCUGUUCAGCUGUCUCUGCGUUCUGCUGGCAAUUUUCACUGCCGGGCACCUGAUUGGGCUUUAUUUAUAUCAGUUCCAAUUCUUCCAAGAAGCCGUUCCCCCCAACGACUACUACGCAAGGUUGUUUGGUAUCAAGUCCGUGAUCCAGACAGACUGCUCCUGCACGUGGAAGAUCAUCGUGAACCCCGAGCUGUCCUGGUAUCACCACGCCAACCCCAUCCUGCUGCUGGUGAUGUACUACACGCUAGCCACACUCAUCCGCAUCUGGCUGCAGGAACCCCUUGUACAGGAUGACAAGACAAAAGAAGAGGACCAAGCCCUGGCCUGCAGCUCCAAUCAGACCACAGCAGAAAGGAGGCGGAGCCUGUGGUAUGCAGCCCAUUACCCAACCGAUGAGAGAAAACUUUUAUCCAUGACCCAAGAUGACUACAAACCAUCCGAUGGCCUGCUGGUGACGGUCAAUGGCAAUCCCGUAGACUACCAUACCAUCCAUCCCAGCCUACCCAUAGAGAACGGCCCUGCCAAGACCGACCUGUAUUCCACCCCCCAGUACCGCUGGGGGCCAUCAGAGUCCUCAGAAAAGAAAGAGGAAGAAGAAGACAAAGACGAAUUUGAAGAGGAAAGGAGCCAGGAGGAAAAAAGAAGUGUCAAAGUUCAUGCCAUGGUCUCUGUGUUCCAAUUUAUCAUGAAACAAAGUUACAUCUGUGCCCUCAUCGCUAUGAUGAGAACUUUGAACUUAGCCGAGGUGAGGAGUGUACAUCAAAUUGAUCGUGACCAGGUGUGCUCUCUGAUGUUCCCCCUGGAGGCUUGGAGCAUCACCUACCACAGCUGGCUGACGUUCGUGCUGUUGAUCUGGUCCUGCACCCUCUGGAUGAUUCGCAACAGAAGAAAGUACGCCAUGAUCAGCUCCCCUUUUAUGGUUGCUUACGGAAAUCUGCUGUUGGUGUUGCAGUACAUAUGGAGUUUUGAACUUCCUGAAAUUAAAAAGGUCCCGGGAUUUCUAGAAAAGAAAGAACCAGGGGAACUUGCAUCAAAGAUUCUUUUCACUAUUACCUUUUGGCUACUGCUGCGACAGCACCUCACAGAGCAAAAGGCCCUUCAGGAAAAGGAGGCUCUUUUGUCUGAAGUCAAAAUUGGAAGUGAGGAGCUUGAAGAGAAAGAUGAAGAACUUCAAGAUGUACAAGUGGAAGGAGAACCCAGAGAGAAGGAGGAAGAUGAGGAAAUAAAGGAAGAGAAGCAAGAGCAAAGGAGGGAAGAGGAAGAGGAGGAGGAAGAAGACGACCAGGACAUCAUGAAGGUGCUGGGCAAUCUGGUGAUAGCCAUGUUCAUCAAAUAUUGGAUCUACGUCUGCGGGGGCAUGUUCUUCUUCGUCAGCUUCGAGGGCAAAAUAGUAAUGUACAAAAUCAUCUACAUGGUGCUCUUCCUCUUCUGCGUGGCCUUGUACCAGGUGCACUAUGAAUGGUGGAGAAAAAUCCUAAAAUAUUUUUGGAUGUCAGUGGUGAUCUACACGAUGCUGGUGCUUAUCUUUAUAUACACAUAUCAAUUCGAAAACUUCCCGGGCCUGUGGCAGAACAUGACCGGAUUGAAAAAAGAGAAGCUUGAGGAUCUUGGUUUAAAGCAGUUUACUGUGGCUGAAUUAUUCACUCGCAUAUUCAUCCCCACCUCCUUUCUGCUGGUGUGCAUUUUACACCUUCACUAUUUCCAUGACCGCUUCCUUGAACUCACGGACCUCAAGGCCAUCCCCAGCAAGGAGGACAGUGGUAUCUACAGAUUGGCCCACCCUGAAGGGAGCCUCCCCGAUCUGGCCAUGCUGAAUCUGACCUCUAGCCUGGAAAAGCCUGUAGUGCCGAGGCUGCUGGCGCCUGGGGAGGAGAAGCUAGAGGGAGGCUCAGCAAAGACUGACAAGGGUGAGCUUGAGAAAGACAGCGAGGUGUCGGAGGAGGAGGAAGACGAUGAAGAAGAGUCAGAGGAGGAGGAAGAAACAUCAGAUUUAAGAAACAAAUGGCACCUGGUGAUUGAUCGCCUCACUGUGCUCUUCUUAAAAUUCCUGGAGUAUUUCCACAAGUUGCAGGUGUUCAUGUGGUGGAUCUUGGAGUUGCACAUCAUCAAAAUCGUUUCCUCCUACAUCAUCUGGGUUACUGUGAAAGAGGUGUCUCUGUUCAACUAUGUCUUCUUGAUAUCUUGGGCUUUCGCUCUACCGUAUGCCAAGCUCCGUCGUGCGGCCUCCAGCGUCUGCACUGUCUGGACGUGUGUGAUCAUCAUCUGCAAAAUGUUGUACCAGCUACAGACCAUUAAGCCCGAGAGCUUUUCUGUCAACUGCUCCUUGCCAAAUGAAAAUCAAACCAACAUACCCCUUCAUGAGCUCAACAAGUCCCUGCUCUACAGUGCUCCUGUUGACCCAACGGAAUGGGUUGGCCUGAGGAAAUCUUCGCCUUUGCUUGUCUACCUCAGGAAUAAUCUUCUGAUGUUGGCUAUUCUGGCCUUUGAAGUUACCAUCUACCGCCAUCAGGAGUACUACCGAGGUCGCAACAACCUGAAAGCCCCUGUGUCUAAAACUAUCUUUCAUGAUAUCACAAGACUACAUCUCGAUGAUGGGCUUAUUAACUGUGCCAAAUACUUCAUAAACUACUUCUUCUACAAAUUUGGCCUGGAGACCUGUUUCCUAAUGUCAGUGAACGUAAUUGGUCAGCGAAUGGAUUUCUAUGCCAUGAUCCAUGCCUGUUGGCUGAUUGCCGUCUUGUAUCGGCGCAGAAGAAAAGCCAUCGCUGAGGUCUGGCCCAAGUACUGCUGCUUCCUGGCCUGUAUCAUCACCUUCCAGUACUUCAUCUGCAUUGGGAUCCCCCCUGCCCCCUGCCGAGAUUACCCAUGGAGAUUCAAGGGUGCCAGUUUCAACGACAACAUCAUCAAAUGGUUGUACUUCCCUGAUUUCAUUGUGCGGCCCAACCCUGUGUUUCUGGUCUAUGACUUCAUGCUGCUCCUGUGUGCCUCUUUGCAACGGCAGAUUUUUGAGGAUGAAAACAAGGCUGCGGUGCGAAUCAUGGCAGGGGACAAUGUGGAAAUUUGCAUGAACCUAGAUGCAGCCUCCUUCAGCCAACACAACCCUGUGCCGGAUUUUAUUCACUGCAGAUCUUACCUGGACAUGUCCAAAGUGAUCAUCUUUAGCUACCUCUUCUGGUUUGUCCUCACUAUCAUCUUCAUCACGGGAACAACCAGGAUCAGCAUAUUUUGCAUGGGUUACCUGGUGGCCUGUUUCUACUUCCUGCUCUUUGGGGGUGACCUGCUCCUGAAACCCAUCAAGAGCAUCCUGCGCUACUGGGACUGGCUGAUUGCAUACAACGUUUUCGUGAUUACGAUGAAGAAUAUCCUGUCAAUAGGAGCCUGCGGAUACAUUGGGACAUUGGUACAGAAUUGUUGCUGGCUGAUCCAGGCCUUCAGCCUGGCCUGCACGGUCAAAGGCUACCAGAUGCCUAACGAGGACUUGUCUUGCAAGUUGCCCAGUGGAGAGGCGGGAAUAAUCUGGGACAGUAUCUGCUUUGCCUUCCUUCUGCUACAGAGACGAGUCUUCAUGAGCUACUACUUCCUGCAUGUCGUGGCAGACAUAAAAGCAUCCCAGAUCCUGGCCUCCAGAGGGGCCGAACUAUUUCAGGCCACAAUCGUGAAAGCUGUGAAAGCAAGAAUCGAGGAAGAGAAAAAGUCAAUGGAUCAGCUGAAGAGACAAAUGGAUCGCAUCAAGGCCAGGCAACAGAAGUACAAAAAGGGUAAGGAGAGGAUGCUAAGCUUAACCCAGGAGUCAGGGGAAGGCCAGGACAUCCAAAAGCUCUCUGAGGAAGAUGAUGAAAGAGAAGCAGACAAACAGAAAGCCAAGGGCAAAAAAAAGCAGUGGUGGCGGCCUUGGGUUGAUCAUGCUUCCAUGGUCAGGAGUGGAGAUUAUUAUUUGUUUGAGACGGAUAGUGAAGAGGAAGAAGAGGAAGAAUUAAAGAAGGAAGACGAGGAGCCUCCGCGGAAGUCAGCCUUUCAGAGAGCUAUUGGGAAGUUUGCCUCAGCCAUUUUAGCCUUGCCAAAGUCUGUCAUAAAACUUCCCAAAACUAUUCUUCAAUAUUUAAUCAGAGCUGCAAAGUUUGUUUAUCAAGCCUGGAUCACGGAUCCUAAAACAGCCCUGCGGCAGAGGCGGAAAGAAAAAAAGAAGUCUGAAAGAGAAGAACAAAAACGGAGGCGCAAAGGAUCUGGGGAGGGGCCCGUGGAAUGGGAAGACCGCGAGGAUGAGCCAAUCAAGAAGAAAUCUGAUGGGCCAGAUAACAUCAUCAAGAGGAUAUUUAACAUUCUGAAGUUCACCUGGGUCCUCUUCCUGGCCAGCGUGGACAGUUUCACCACUUGGCUGAACUCCAUUUCAAGGGAGCACAUUGACAUCUCUACCGUCCUGAGGAUUGAACGGUGCAUGCUGACCAGAGAGAUUAAGAAGGGCAACGUGCCGACGCGGGAGAGCAUCCACCUGUACUACCAGAACCACAUGAUGAACCUGUCCAGGGAGUCGGGGCUGGACGCCCUGGACGAGCCCCCCGGGGCGGCCGCCGGGGCCCGGGCAGCCCGCAGGAUGGAUAGCUCCGAUUCCCAUGACAGCGUCUCCAGCUGCUACACUGAAGCCACCCUGCUGUUCUCAAGGCAGUCCACCCUUGAUGACUUAGAUGGACAAGACCCCGUUCCUAAAACAAGCGAGCGUGCUCGGCCUAGGCUCCGUAAAAUGCUCAGCAUGGACAUGUCCUCCUCUUCAGCUGACAGUGGCAGCUUAGCAUCCAGUGAGCCCACACAGUGUACCUUGCUGUACUCACGUCAGGGGACCACAGAAACCAUUGAGGAGGUGGAGGUGGAGGCGGAGGAGGAAGCGGUGGGCCUGGAGCCCGAGCCCAGAGAAGCUGAGGAGGAGAGGCAGGCAGAAGAAGAGGAGGAGGAGGAGGAAGUGGAGGAGGAGGUGGAGUUUGAUGCCGAGGCUGAAGAGGUUGGCCUCACGCCUGAUGAAGAGCUGCCCCAGUUCUCCACAGACGACGGGGAUGCCGAGGCGCCACCCUCCUACAGCAAGGCCGUCAGCUUUGAGCACCUGUCCUUCGCCUCUCAGGACGACUCCGGGGCCAAGAACCACAUGGUGGUCAGCCCCGAUGACAGCCGCACGGACAAGCUGGAGUCGAGCAUCUUACCCCCCCUCACUCACGAGCUGACAGCCAGCGAGCUCCUGCUCAACAAGAUGUUCCAUGAUGAUGAGCUGGAAGAAUCAGAGAAGUUCUAUGUGGGCCAGCCCCGGUUCUUGCUGCUGUUCUACGCCAUGUACAACACUCUGGUGGCCCGCUCAGAAAUGGUGUGCUACUUUGUGAUCAUCCUCAACCACAUGGUGUCUGCCUCCAUAAUCACCCUCCUGCUGCCCAUCCUCAUCUUCCUCUGGGCCAUGCUGUCGGUCCCCAGGCCCAGCCGGCGGUUCUGGAUGAUGGCCAUCAUCUACACCGAGGUGGCUAUUGUGGUGAAGUAUUUCUUCCAAUUUGGAUUUUUCCCCUGGAAUAAGUCUGUGGAGUUGAACAAAGAUAAACCUUACCACCCCCCAAACAUCAUAGGGGUAGAAAAGAAGGAUGGCUAUGUGCUUUAUGACCUCAUUCAGCUCCUGGCCCUGUUCUUCCAUCGCUCCAUCUUGAAGUGUCACGGCCUGUGGGACGAGGAUGACAUUGUCGACAGUGGCACUGACAAGGACGAGUCUGAUGACGAGCUGUCCCUGGGCGGCGGCAGGAGGGACUCUUCUGACUCCCUGAAGUCCAUCAACCUGGCCGCCUCGGUGGAGUCUGUGCACGUGACGUUCCCGGAGCAGCCGGCGGUCGCCCGCAGGAAACGCGCCAGCGGCGGCACCCCGCUUUCCCCGGGGUCCAGCAUCUCCUCAGACAGGUCCAAGAGAGGCAGUACAAGCACCCGAAAUAGCAGCCAGAAAGGAAGCAGCGUUCUGAGCAUUAAACAAAAAAGCAAGAGGGAACUUUACAUGGAGAAACUUCAAGAGCACUUGGUCAAAGCGAAGGCGUUCACAAUCAAAAAAACUCUGCAGAUCUAUGUGCCCAUCAAACAGUUCUUCUAUGACCUCAUUCACCCCGACUACAGCGCCGUGACUGACGUAUAUGUGCUGAUGUUCCUGGCAGACACCGUAGACUUCAUCAUCAUCAUCUUUGGCUUUUGGGCCUUUGGGAAACAUUCAGCAGCGGCAGACAUCACCUCUUCACUGUCGGAAGACCAGGUCCCUGGGCCAUUUCUGGUGAUGGUCCUCAUUCAGUUUGGAACCAUGGUGGUGGACCGAGCACUCUAUCUCAAGAAGACUGUGCUGGGCAAGGUCAUCUUCCAGGUCAUCCUGGUGUUUGGCAUUCACUUCUGGAUGUUCUUCAUCUUACCUGUUGUGACCGAGAGGAAGUUCAGCCAGAACCUGGUCGCCCAGCUUUGGUACUUUGUGAAGUGCGUUUACUUCGGGCUGUCUGCCUAUCAAAUCCGCUGUGGGUACCCAACGCGGGUCCUGGGAAACUUUCUCACCAAGAGCUACAAUUACGUCAACCUCUUCUUGUUUCAAGGGUUCCGCCUUGUCCCGUUCCUGACGGAGCUGAGGGCCGUGAUGGACUGGGUGUGGACAGACACAACCCUGAGCCUCUCCAGCUGGAUCUGCGUGGAGGACAUCUACGCACACAUCUUCAUCCUCAAGUGCUGGCGGGAAUCUGAAAAGAGAUACCCCCAGCCCCGGGGCCAGAAGAAGAAGAAGGUGGUGAAGUACGGCAUGGGCGGUAUGAUCAUCGUCCUGCUCAUCUGCAUCGUCUGGUUCCCUCUUCUCUUCAUGUCCCUCAUUAAGUCUGUCGCCGGAGUGAUUAACCAGCCUCUGGAUGUCUCAGUCACAAUCACCCUGGGAGGGUAUCAGCCAAUUUUCACAAUGAGUGCUCAGCAAAGGAAGUUGAAAGUGAUGGACCAGCAAAAGUUUAAUAAAUUCAUGAGAGCUUUCUCUAGGGACACCGGCGCUAUGCAAUUUCUGGAAAAUUAUGAAAAAGAAGACAUAACGGUAGCAGAAUUGGAAGGAAACUCCAAUUCUUUGUGGACCAUCAGCCCUCCCAGUAAGCAGAAAAUGAUACAAGAGCUCAUGGACCCCAAUAGUAGCUUCUCUGUUGUUGUUUCAUGGAGUAUUCAGAGAAAUAUGACUCUGGGUGCAAAGGCAGAAAUAGCAACAGAUAAACUUUCUUUCCCUCUUCAAAAUAUCGCAAGAGUGAACAUAGCUAAAAUGAUUGCUGGAAAUGACACGCAAAGUUCAAACACACCAGUGACAAUAGAAAAGAUCUACCCCUAUUAUGUGAAAGCACCCAGUGAUUCUAACUCAAAACCAAUCAAGCAACUUUUAUCUGAAAAUAAUUUCAUGAACAUCACCGUCAUUUUGUCCAGAGACAAAACGAGCCAGUCUAACAGUGAGUGGUGGGUUCUCAACCUGACCGGAAGCAGGAUCUACGAGCAGGACUCGCAGGCCUUGGAGCUGGUGGUGUUCAAUGACAAGGUCAGCCCGCCCAGCCUGGGCUUCCUGGCUGGCUACGGGAUCAUGGGAUUGUAUGCUUCAGUUGUCCUUGUGAUCGGGAAAUUUGUCCGUGAAUUCUUCAGUGGCAUUUCCCACUCCAUCAUGUUUGAAGAGCUUCCAAAUGUAGACAGAAUUUUAAAGUUGUGCACAGAUAUUUUUUUAGUCCGAGAGACAGGAGAGCUGGAGCUGGAAGAAGACCUCUAUGCCAAGUUAAUAUUCCUGUACCGCUCACCAGAAACCAUGAUCAAGUGGACUAGAGAGAAAGCAGACUGAUAUCUUAGGACCCGGACUGCAAAGUCAAGUUAAAAUCUGGAUUUUUUUUUUCUGUUUCCUUUUUUUUCUUUUUCUUUCUUUUUUUUUUUUUUUUUUUUUUUUUACAAAAGCACAAUAUUCUCCUAAGAGCUAAAGCAUUUCUAGUUCAAUGGGAAGGGUUUUGUCUUCUGACAGGUAGCCACAAGGAGCUGGUUCCUUUAACGCUACCUUGGCGCAUGAAGAUGUUGUUGGAGUUCCCUGAAGUCAGGGCUGCUUGCUCUCGGUCUUGAACUCAGUGUCUUGCAUUCCGAUGGACUGAGUGCUAGACUGACGCAGGGGCUUUCCCUCAGAGAAGCCACAGAGGAGGAAGGGAGCCUUUGGAGCGGGCACCCCUUUUGAGAUGUGGUGGUGUGCCCCGACAGUCCUUAGCUGCGGGACAGAGACCCAGUGGGCCCUCCACACACUCCAAUCCUGCCACAGCCGGCAGGACACGCUCCCCACGCGUGGAGAGAGCAGAGGGAGCCAGCGAUCCAGGAAGACGCCCAGGGAAAGACAAGCCUCACUCGAAGCAAAAAGACAGCAUUAGUGAUCCUCUUACUGCCUUAUCUCAAUCGAAGACUGAUGUGAAAUCUUUCCAUGAAACACCAGUGACUUCUCAGGAAAACAACACCCAAUCAGCAGAGCACCUAAGGGCACCUCCCCUCGUGGAGGGCCGGGUGUGGCCUCGGCCGAGGCCACUGCUCCGCUCACACGGUCUCGCGCUGCCCGGAACAGAGCAGUA